AUGAAGGAUCUUGGGCAUUUACGCUAUUUUCUUAGGAUUAUGGUUGUAUAUUCUUCCAGUGAAUAUCUUUUAUCUCAAAAGAAGUAUAUAUCAGAUAUGCUUCAGCACGCUACUCUUGCCAAUGCGUCGUUUGCUACAUCUCCUCCUGUCACUACCCCCAUGGAGCUUCAUUUAAAGCUUCGUCAGUCUGAUGGUGAUCCUUUACCAAACCCCACUCGGUAUCGUGAACUUGUAGGUGCCUUGAUAUAUUUUUCUGCUACUCGUCCGGAUAUAUCUUAUGUUGUACAUACUCUUAGUCAGUUUAUGGCCAUGCCGACGACCGUCCACUACGAUACAAUGCUCCGACUACUUCUCUAUCUUCAGGGUACUAUCACUCGAUCUUUAUUGUUUCCCUCUGAGUCUUCCUUAAUGCUACGGGCAUACACUGAUGCUGGUUGGGUUGAUGAUCUUGAUACUAGACGAUCGACUACUGGCUAUUGUAUUUUUCUUGGUUCAUCCCUUCUUUCUUGGCGUAGUAAACGUCAGCACAGAGUUUCACGAUCUAGCACUAAAGCAGAAUAUUGUGUCAUCGCUGAUACUACUCUUGAAAUUCAUUGGCUCCGUCAUCUUCUUCAUGAUCUUGGUGUUUCUAUUCCUUCUCUGGUUCCUCUUUAUUGUGACAAUACAAGUGCUAUUCAAAAUGCAAGCAACCCGGUUCCAAUGGCUGGAGUCCACGGUUUGCACAAGGCGUGA